AUGAAAAACCUACAUUGGGAUGCUCAUGACAAGAAAUUCCUAAGUCGGCAUUCUCCAUAUGUGCAGUGCAUAAAUACUGGACCUUUAAAUGGUUUGAUUUGUUUAUUUGAUCCAGAAAAGGACCAUAGUAUUCAAGUUGGUAAUCUUGGUACCGGUGAAUUUACAGCAUGGAUCAAAUCAACAUUCAUAUCCAACUUAAAUGUAGAAGAUAAAGAUAAAUAUCGUUUACGCAUUGUGAAGUGUGAUUUGGUAUUCGAUCCUUCCACUAAGGAGCACAAAGUGAUUUGUUUUUGGAAUAUACAUGACCAUCAAGUUUGCGAGGUCUUGACAGUAGGAGAUCACACAUGGAGAGUAAUCGAUGAUGUCCUCCUAGCAUACAAUUUUAGAGAAUGGUAUUUGUUUGGAGCUUCUAUUUAUGUGAAUGGUUCCGUAUAUUACAUCCCAAGAAGGCCAACUGGCGAAGAUGCUGAGCCUAAAUCCAUCUUGGCAUUUGAUGUUGGAAAGGAGAAAUUUAGAUCUAUCAGAAUUCCUGAUUUCAUUCUUGACCAGAUUCUGCAGAAAUUUCAACCCCUUUAUUCUCUGCAAUUGCUAGAAAUCGACCGUCAUCCAGCUCUCUUAAGUCGAAUAAGCGAUGACAUUGUCAAGCUAUGGUUAUUUGAUAAUGAGUACGGCAGUGGUUACAGGACUAAUACAUGGACCGAAGUUAAAAUUGAGUUACCCUUCUAUUGGGGGCAUGUAGACUAUGGGAAUGAUGUGUAUUCUGUUCGUUUUCAUUCAGUUAUAGGAACAGACUUUAUAAUACUAUACUUGUAUCGCUGUCUCGCAGUUGAGGGUGGUUAUCAUUUUGCACGCAAAGUGACUCAAUAUUCUUAUAAUUGGAAGAAGAAAAUUUUUGCAGAGAUAAAAAUCAACGGGCUCCCAUCCUCCAUUCCAUAUCACUCCUUCGUUUCAGGUCAAGAUCAAUAGAUACACUUAGAAAGUUUGGGACAUGAAGGCGCAGGUACUUGUAGUAACUAAAUCACUGCACUGUCUGCACUUCAAUAGUUGAAUCCCUACUAAAACAAAAGUAAAGUCCUGCAUAAUUGCGAGUACAUAUGAAACGUAAUACCCUGAUUACUUGUAUUGAAU